CCUCCCUUCUCAACGUUUUCCAUUCACUGCUAUCUCUCUUUCCUCGCAAAAACCCACCUCUUUCUUCCUUCUCUCCAUACCCACUAUUCAUUCCCCUAAUCUUCAAUUUCUUCUAAACUAUAUAUCAAUACAUCCUUAGCCACCAACUACACACCCACUACCAUGAACAACACCCUCAUCACAGAGCUUCUUCUCGGUCUCGACUAUGCCACUCAGCUCAAGUUUCUGCUUCAGAAACCUGUUGACCCAGAUGCCUCUGCUGCAGCUAAGGAACUGCUCACCAAUGUGCACAGAUCUUUCGCUCAAACUCUCUCUAUCUUGACUUCUUCCCACCCUGCAAUGCCUCAAGACCAGCUUGCUCAGAAUCUCCUCAUUUCUGGGGAAGAUGCCUCGCAGGCUGCAAGCAUUGAUCCCAGGUCUGACGAUUCAUCUGAGAGUAGAAAGAGAUCGUUUCCCCUCUCAAAGGAUCGCAGAGGUUCCUACAAACGAAGGAAGACUGAACAGACAUGGGCUAUAGUUUCCCAAACUACUGUAGAUGAUCAUGCGUGGAGAAAGUACGGACAAAAGGAUAUUCUAAAUUCUCAGUUUCCCAGGAGUUACUUCAGAUGCACUAGGAAGUUUGAACAAGGUUGCAAGGCCACCAAACAAGUGCAACGGUUAGAAGAGAAUCCUGAUAUGUACAAUAUUACGUACAUUGGGUUUCACACAUGCAAAGACACCCUCAAGGCUCCACAAAUGGUCACAUGUUCUGAAACUUGGGACUCAUUUCUUGAGAAUUCCCACGAAGAUUUAAAUGUUCCAAAUGAACAAAAACAACUCGAUCCUCCUGUGAGAUCACAAAGCCCAAUUGUUAAACAAGAAUGUCUCAAUGAUGAGACUGAUCCCAGUGAUCUUUCAGAUGCCAACCUGUGGUCUGAUUUGAAGGAUUUUGAACUGUCCAGUGACAAGCCUGACUUGAAAAUAUCAUCGCAUUCAUGUACUUGCUCUCGGAGUUUGGACAUGAAUUUUGAUGCGUUUUCUCAUCAUUAGCUUCCCCUUUGGUGAAAGCCAAUUGCUUUAGUUACCUUGUGGAAUCUUAACCAUGCAUUGAUCAGAUUGAAUAUUUUAGAUUUUG